GCUGCAGCUUCGGGAAGAGGCGACACCGUCUCGCACCUGCACACAGGUCGGGCCGGGAGCUCGGCCCGACCCCUCCGACGAUCAAGUUAGAGAAAGAUGUGGAGGGGAUUGUGGAUGAGGCAGAAGAAGAGCCUCUGAGUGUUUUGUGUCUGAGUGAGUUCCCCCCCUCUGCUUAGGACUCAGGGGUAUUUAUAGAGGAGGUUUGAUGUUGGCGUCUGACAUUGCCACUGGGGCUGCGUGGGAGACCGGGGGAUCGCAGGGUAUGGGCGAGCUUCAACCGUUACCUGCUUCUAUCGCGUCCGGCUGUGCUGGGUCAACUGAGGGGGCUGUGGGCUCAGUGAGGCUGACGCCCGGACGCAGACCGUCACCCUCAUUGCUCCCCCUGGGGCGCCGCGCCUGUCCACGUGCGGGGGACGUUGCCGGGAGCGGGGAACGUUGCGCGUGAGGCCGAGUGGCCGAGGCAGCGAGGCUGCUAGCUGGCUGCGCGUGAGGCCGAGGAGCCGAGGCAGCGAGGCAGCAAGGCAGUAAGGCAGCGUGUUGGCUGCGCAUGAGGCCGAGUGGCCGAGGCUGCAAGGCAGCGUGUUGGCUGCGCAUGAGGUGGGGCCUGCCGUUUUUUGUCAUAUCAGCAACAGCGACGAAUGCAGAAACCUCAAACUGCUCGGACAAGUGCGGCCAAGUGCUUGUCCAGUAUCCCUUCGGCAUCGAGCCAGGUUGCUACAGAGUUGGAUUCGCCAUCACAUGCGACCGCUCGGAUGGCAACUCCCCCAAAGCUUUCCUCGGCACGAGCGACAUCGAGGUGACCGAGAUCUCGCUGCUGCACGGCCAGUCUCGCGUGAAGGCUCAAGUAAGUUGGGAGUGCUACAACGAGACCGCCGUGGAGAGCACCAACUCCAACUUACCAUCCAAAAGCUUCGAUGUCAAUGGAGUGUACAAGAUCUCCGACGACCGCAACAAGUUCACUCUCAUCGGUUGCAACUCAAUGGCAUAUCUACAAAGCCAGCAGACGGCCGACGGCCCCUAUCCGUAUGUAUACUAUACUGGUUGCUUAUCGUACUGCGAAGAUACAAGCAAAGUCAUCAAUGGGGUUUGCAAUGGCAUAGGAUGCUGCCAAACCAGCAUCCCGUCAGGCCUCAGUGACACUUCCUUCUCUUUCACUGCAUAUUCCCAUCGAUAUUUUUUGAGCUUUAGUCCAUGUAGCUACGUUUUCAUUGUUGAUCAAGACUACUACUCAUUUAGCGCCACCGAUUUAACCAUGGACACAAACAAAUCCAUGCCGCUGUGGCUGGAUUGGGCAGUCAGAGAUGCUGCAACAUGCGAGGAGGCGAAGGGCUCUGAUAAUUAUGCAUGCCGAAGUCAAAACAGUGUGUGCAACAAGGCCAGGAGUGGUGCAGGUUACCUUUGUAAUUGCUCACAAGGAUACCAAGGCAACCCCUAUCUUGUCGAUGGAUGCCAAGAUAUCGAUGAGUGUAUGCUACCGGAGAAGUAUCCUUGCUAUGGAGUCUGCAGUAAUCUCCCAGGAAGCUACCAUUGCACAUGCCCACCUGGCAAGCGUGGUGACCCAUUUAAUGGACCAUGUGUCCUCAGCAGCCUAUUUGUUACGAAGAUUGUCAUAGGUGUCUCUUCUGCCUUGUUUGCGACGCUGGCUCUCAUUUCUGCAAUGCUUAUAACACGUUCAAAGAGGAGGCACGCAAGGGAAAAGGAGAAGCUUUUGAAAGAGAUAUCGAACGGGAGGAUACUGUCAAUGCAAAUGGAUACAUUGACUGUGUUUACACUGCAAGAUCUACAGCGGGCAACGGACAACUUCCACUACAGCAGAGUACUUGGACGCGGAGGCCACGGUGUGGUUUACAGAGGAGUUCUGGAGGACCGACGAGAGGUGGCUAUCAAGAAGACUCUGCUGACCAUCGAGGCACAGAAUGGAGAAGCCAUGGAGGUACGACAGAAGGAGUUCUUGAACGAGUUAAAGAUUCUGACACAGAUCAACCACAGGAACGUGGUGAGACUCUUUGGAUGUUGUUUGGAGGAGAAGAUUCCAUUGCUGGUCUAUGAAUUCGUUCCCAACGGCACCCUCUCCCACUUCAUUCAUAAAAGAGAUCCUAAUCCAUCGGUCCCCUUGGAAGUUGUUCUCAAGAUCGCAGUGGAAUCCGCAGAAGCGCUUGCUUAUUUGCAUUCAUCAACAUCUCGUGCAAUCAGUCACGGGGACGUGAAGCCCAGCAACAUACUCCUGGAUGACAAAUUGAUGGCGAAGGUGUCGGAUUUUGGAGCGUCGACACUGCUGCUAACUGAUAGAACUCAGACUGUGAGCUUGGUGCAAGGAACUAUUGGCUAUGUAGACCCUGAUUUCAUGGAAACAAGGCGCCUGACUGCAAAAACUGAUGUAUACAGCUUUGGAGUCGUCCUCCUGGAACUAGUCACCAGGAAGAAGGCAGUCUUGGAUGAUGCUUCAGGUGUGCGCGAGUUGGCAUUGAUGAGCAGGGAGGAGCUUCUUCAUAUUUUGGAUGAGCAGUUUGUGCGUGAGGGAGGAAUGGUUUUGCUGGAGAAGGUCGUCGAGCUUGCACUUCAGUGUCUUCGUCGUCGAAGGGAUGAGAGACCAGACAUGAAGCGGGUGGCGGAGAAGCUACGGAAGUUUAUACGAAUCCGGCAGCAUCAGAGGGGAGAACUUUACACGGAUGAAAUAGACACAGGGUAUCUUAUACCGGAUUCUUCUAUCUACCACAGUUUCGAUAGAACACUGAUGCAAGGGAUGGGAUCUCGAAGACCUAGUCCUGUUUAGCA